AACGUCUCAUCGUGUUUCUAUAAAUAUAAGCAAACCCACACACACAUAUUCACAUCUCUCUUCUCUUGUGUUCUUACUUCUUAUCAUUUAGAAUUUGCUUUUAACGUAAAAUGGUUAGCGCGACAGUUGCAAGAAACAUUGCCGGCAUUUUUGGAAAUAUCAUCUCCUUGUUCUUGUUCCUCUCUCCCAUACCAACAUUCAUAACAAUAUACAAGAUGAAGAAGGUGGAGGAAUACAAAGCCGACCCGUACUUAGCCACCGUGCUGAAUUGCGCAUUAUGGGUCUUUUAUGGCUUACCAAUAGUCCAUCCAGAUAGCCUUCUUGUGAUCACUAUUAAUGUCACUGGUUUGGCCAUUGAGCUCUUCUAUCUCUCCGUCUUCUUCUACUUUUCUCCCACCCAAGGCAAGGUAAAAGUGAAAGUGGGGAUAUGGCUGAUAGGAGAGAUGGUGUUUGUUGGAAUAGUAGCCACAUGCACAUUGCUAUUGUUCAACACACAUAACCAGAGAUCUACUUUUGUUGGAAUCAUUUGUGUCAUUUUUAUUAGCAUCAUGUAUAUUGCUCCUCUCACCAUCAUGAGUAAGGUGAUCAAGACCAAAAGUGUGAAGUACAUGCCGUUUUCUCUCUCACUUGCCAACUUUAUGAACGGAGUUAUUUGGGUUAUUUAUGCCCUUAUUAAAUUCGAUCUUUUCAUUUUGAUUGGAAAUGGACUAGGAACAAUACCAGGAGCAGUACAGCUUAUACUAUAUGCUUGUUAUUACAAGACAACACCAAAAGAUGAAGAAGAGGAGAAUCUUUCUAAGGCUAACUUGCAACUCAGUGGCAACGAGGAACAUGCAAAGCGAGUUUCAGCUUGAUUAUAUCUUGGAUUAAUCAAAUAUUCAAUUAGUUUUCUUUUUCUAAUUUAAGCUUUCGUGUGAUUACUAAGCUGUGAAAGUCAAACUCCUUUUUCGUCUAAGAAAGAUAUUAACUACCACAUGCUCCAUA